AUGAUAGCGCAACAUGCUGAAAGGGGUGUGUAUGAAAUAUCUUGGAUAGCCGACUCCGGAGCAGGCCGUGACCUAGCAUCCAUGAAAGCUUUUCAGGAUCAGGGCAUCCCAAGUCAAAGCCAGCUGCCUUUCUUUGGAUUAGAUGUUAACGCAGUUCAGCUUGCAGCAGAUUCAGAAAGGUUGUUUGUGGCCGACAAAGUCGAUGACCACGUUCCAAUUUUCUCUGAAACCAUGCAAUUCGAGGCACCAUAUUCUUUUGGACUUCCUGCUGUUGAUGCAGCGCAUGGAGAUAGACCGCCCGUUGAAGAGCCUCAACCACCUGAGUCGAGACCCAUGCUUCCAGAAGUUACUGCUUUUGGCGAACGGUUGGCAUGUGAUUUCAUCAUUGUCUCGAAGUCCAGGACCGAAGGUCGAGACAAUGUUGUCCUUGUUGUCCGCGAUGAAUUCAGUGGUUUUGUCCGAGCAUUUCCGCUUGGAUCCAGAAGCAGUGAGAACAUCAAUAAGCAUCUUUUGGCAUUUUUAGGACCGAGUUAUCAUAAGCAACCGUCCAUUAUGGUUAAGAGUGAUCGAGCACAUGAAUUUCAGGCAUCAUGUUCACAGCUUGGAUUUCAACACGAGCCAACACUCGAGAACCGCUGGCGCCACAAUGCCAGGUUGGAGAGGGAGUUGAGAACAAUAGAAGAAAUCACUCGGGCUGUUCACUUACAAGCAGGUUUCCACAUGUUUCAGGACCUCUGGACAUUGUCAGUGUCGCAUGCAGCAUUCAUGAUCUCAUGCUUCCAUAAGACACCAGAUUCUGAAGUGACCAGAUUGGAACUUGCGACAGGCAAACCUUGGACGGGCAGGGAUAUCCUCUUGGGUCAGCUUGUUUACGUUCGUGAUUUGAAUCAGCAGAAGUUCCAAGCAAAUGCCAAACCCGCAAUCUUUGCGGGCUAUCGACUCGAUACGGGACCGCACUUCAAAGGAGUGCACUUGGUGUUGGAUUAUAAAUCCCUUCAAGAUAAGACUCCAGGCUAUAAUAUGCCCCUUAGCGUUCCUUUUGAAGAGGUUUUCAUUCCGGAGGGUGACCCAAUCAUGCCUUUGACCACAGCUUCACAAGCAGCACUGGCUGAGUUUGGUGGUUUGAAAUUGGAAGGUGUUCCAAACAUUGAUGUCCCAUUUUCAUCGCUGCCAUCUAGUGCGACACCUAGAGAACGGAAUGAGUACAUAACCUUAGAUAGAUUGAUUCGAUACGGUGCUUCACCUGGUUGUAAGGCUUGCGAGAAUGCUGGAGGAGUUCAUAGUGCUGCAUGCAAAGCAAGAUUCACUGGUUUGAUUCGUGCAGACAAAAUUGCAGCCAAAGGGAGACAGCGAUCGCCCUUGAGUCCAGCUGUUUCGAUGCCUCCAACACCUGCAUUGCCCCCUUCAUCCAUUGCUCCAAUGACGCCAUCGCUGCCGCCGGUCUUGGUAGAAGAAGCAGGUGAGGAUGUUACGGAAAGGGUAGACCCAUCCAGUUUGCCAUUCAGUGCAGGUAUACCACCAGGUACAGAAGAGGCCAUGAUCGGAAAGGUCAAUCAAGAUGUUGAUGCAGCAUUCAUUGAAGAAAAUCUUGCUAGAGGUAAGGCGAGAAGGUUGCAUGAGCUGAAAGGCAAAGACUUCCUUUUCGAAUAUGCAUGUUCAGAUGAUUCUAUCAUUGGUCAAAGGGCAGAGCAACUUGACAUCAAAGUUGUACGGUUGACAAGAUCCUUGCUAGACCUUGAGAAACCAAGUGACGUCGAACAAGCCAUUGGCCAACUCGAGCAGAUGCCAGGCGCGGAUGUCUACGUCUCACUGACAUGCACAUACUAUUCGCCACUCCAGCAUUUGAAUGUUGCAAUUCAUGGGAACGAAUAUAGGAAGAAAUUAAAACAAUCCAGAAGGAAGACCAUCAAAAUGUUGAACUUAGCCGUCAAAUUCUUGGAAGUUGCAAUCAAGAACCACGGUCGUAUUGCAGUCGAAUGGCCAAGGAGCAGUGGGCUCUGGGAAAUACAGGAAUGGAUCGCCUUCAUGAACAAACACAAUCUCAAGUAUGUUCAUUUUGAUGGGUGCUCACUAGGUCUAAAAGGACGAGAGCAGAAAUACCUGAAGAAGCCUUGGUGUAUUGCUACGAAUGAUCUUAGGAUCAUGCAGUACUUUGGUCAGCAUCAGUGUCCAGGGAAUCAUGAGCACGAGCCGACACAAGGCACCAAUGCCACGGCUUCAGCUUACUACACACCACAGUUUGCUGAGGUUUUGUGUGAAGCAUUGUAUCCACGACAGUCUUUCAAGUUUGUUCCAAAUGUGUCUGAAUCGUCUAGUGCAUUUGUGACCAGGAACUUGUCUCUCUCAGAGUGGCUUCAGGAUCCAAAGGGUCUACAAGCUGUGCUUGAUGAAGCAAAAGGUUUGCGAGGUAAUAAGACAUGGGAUGACGAGUCAGUCACUGUGCUGGGGAACUUGAAAUCCCAAGCCAAAGAACUUGGAAUCACUGUUCACAUUGCUUCAUUGCACACCCUCUGCGGGGUAAAGCAUUGGGAACAACCCAUCGAGCAACACAAAUAUAAAGGUAGAAUAGUAUAUAGAGGUGAUUUGAUCAGAAAUGAAUCAGAUGAGUUGGUGUUGUAUGCAGACACAGCAACCACCCCAACUGCCUUGGUUGCACUCAACCUCGCUUUGUUCUUCGGGACAUGCGAGAACAACUCCAUCUCUUUGUCGGAUGCACUCUGCGGAAUCGCAGAAUCUUCCUUCAAAGCUGUGCCGUCCCCAGCACUACCUGAAUCCAACAUGAGUGACGAAGAAGCUGACGAGCAGGGUUGGCUUCACAAAGACGCAGCCAAAGCCUUAAUGAGCCUACAGCGAUGCAGACUUCGCAUCAUGCCCAUUCGCAUCAUGCCCAUGGACGGCCAAAUCUACGAGCGGCAUUGUUAUUGGCUCUCAGUUCCAGUAGCACUUGAACAAGACAACGAGGCGGUUAUCCGAAUCGUACAGAACAAGUCCUCAGUGAAGUUAAGACAUUGCAAUCGCGUACAUCGGGUAAACAUUGCAUCGAUCAGCGACCUGCUCGAAAAGGAGGACAGUUUGGAUUUUCGCUAUUGCCAUACGAAGCAACAACUGGCAAAUGUUCUGACCAAGAUACUACCUCCAAUCCAAUGGAGCGAAGCGCUGGACCAACUUUGCGCGGGUGAGCCUGAUCCAGAUGCCAAGCAGGAAUCAGAGGAUGGCACCACUUUCUUUCUAACUACAAGUGCUGCUGUGAAGAGGAGGAAAGACGCUGAAGAGGCAGUAAGAGUUCGCAAGGAUUUGGAAGCCAAUGGACGAGGAAGGAAACGCAUGGCGCAUGAAAUAGAAGAGCUCCCAAGCAGGCCGCCAACUGCACUUGAGCUUCUUUGUGAACAGAUACCACCGCCUGAGCCAAAGCCAAGAAAACGGGGUGAGGACAAAGCACCACCUCAGAUGGCCCGAGACGAGCAAAAAGAUGCAACAAAAAAUGUGAAAAAACAUAGAAGAAAGGCGAAGGUCACCAAUAUUCCAUCCAAUUUGCAGUUCAAGUAUUUGAAGGAGCUCUUGGAAAAAGCCACCGGUCCAAUUGUGGAUGGGCACAUUGACGAGGCCUUUACAGCGUGGUUGGCCUUUCAGAACGCUGAGGAUGCCGAAUCCUUGUACAAUGAUUUCAAUGGUGGCGAGAUUAGCGGGGAAUCCAUUGAGGUAGAGCUCUUGUCAGAUUCUGAACCGCUUGGCAAGAUGUAA